CUCGCUCCGGCUCUCCAAGCCGCCCUGGAUCACGGCGGAGCGCUGAGAGCGGGUUAAGAUGCUCUGAUCUGUAGAUCCUUACUAGUCAGCUCUCGGUCCCGGGCAGGCCUCAUCCUUCCCAACAGUCACACCAUGAACACCUCUCCAGGCACGGUGGGCAGUGACCCGGUCAUCCUGGCAACUGCUGGCUAUGACCACACUGUGCGCUUCUGGCAGGCCCACAGUGGGAUCUGCACGCGAACGGUGCAGCACCAGGACUCGCAGGUGAAUGCACUGGAGAUCACACCGGAUCGCAGCAUGAUUGCUGCGGCAGGGUACCAGCACAUCCGCAUGUAUGAUCUCAACUCCAACAACCCCAACCCCAUCAUCAGCUACGACGGUGUCAAUAAGAACAUCGCAUCCGUGGGCUUCCAUGAGGAUGGCCGCUGGAUGUACACAGGCGGGGAGGACUGCACAGCUCGGAUCUGGGACCUCAGGUCCCGGAACCUGCAGUGUCAGCGCAUCUUCCAGGUGAAUGCACCCAUUAACUGUGUGUGCCUGCACCCCAACCAGGCGGAGCUCAUUGUGGGUGAUCAGAGUGGUGCUAUCCACAUCUGGGACCUGAAAACAGACCACAACGAGCAGUUGAUCCCCGAGCCUGAGAUCUCCAUCACAUCUGCCCACAUUGACCCUGACGCCAGCUACAUGGCAGCAGUCAAUAGCUUGGGCAACUGCUAUGUGUGGAAUCUUACCGGGGGCAUUGGUGACGAGGUGACACAGCUCAUCCCUAAGACCAAGAUUCCAGCCCAUACGCGUUAUGCCCUUCAGUGCCGCUUCAGCCCUGACUCCACGCUCCUCGCCACCUGUUCAGCUGACCAGACAUGCAAGAUCUGGAGGACAUCCAACUUCUCUCUGAUGACAGAGCUCAGCAUCAAGAGCAGCAACCCCGGAGAGUCGUCCCGGGGCUGGAUGUGGGGCUGCGCCUUCUCUGGGGACUCGCAGUACAUUGUCACUGCUUCGUCUGACAACCUGGCCCGGCUCUGGUGUGUGGAGACUGGAGAAAUCAAGAGGGAAUACGGUGGCCACCAGAAAGCUGUUGUCUGCUUGGCCUUCAAUGACAGUGUGCUGGGCUAGCCUGUGUUCCUCUGGACCGCAAGCAGCCAUCGGGCAGUGGGAACUGCCUGGUGCCUGGCUCCAGCUGGGUUUACCUCCACAGCACCCUGGCCAGAGUGGAGCCCUCAGGCUCGCAGCCUCUGCUCACCAGGUCAGCUCUCCCUCUCGGCCAGCCUAAAUCUGCCAGGCUGGUCUUCUCUGUGCCCAGCUGCUCUUCAGCAGGCCCAGUGAGCCAGGCUGCACGUGCCUGGGUGGGAAGAGGCAGCACCAACCAAGAUGCUCGACCUACAGCCUGAGGUUGAGCCCUUCCCCCCUUCACUCCUGAGUCAUGCUCCCCACUGUGCGCCACCCUAUUCAGGUCCUGAGUUCCCAGAGAGCACCACCAUGGCCAGAUAAGGGUUUAUUUUAUUAGUCUCUAAUGGCGGCUGUCCUCCACAAUGCUGGCCUGGGACAGGCCUGGCCUGUAGGAGCCAGGGCCAGACGGGGCCAGGCAGGGUUUUAGUCUGGGAGGUAAUAAAAGCAGACGGACACGCAGAUGUUGCUCGGGAAGCAGAUGUCGAUGCAGAGAUAGAUCAGUCGCUGCCUCUGGGGCCCUUGGAAGGAGAAAAGGGGCUCCUCAAUUCCCAAAGUGCUCUCCUUGCUUAGCCUGUCCUGUGGGAGCACAGGCUCCUCUGCACACAUGCCCCAACUCACCCUCUGCCCGUUGGGCCCAGUAGAUGGGAGUCUUCCCACAAAGGUGCUGCACUGGAGCCCCCACCAGGGCAGGGUCCACGGCACGAUCCCCAAGCACUGCUAGCAGCUCCUGUGCAUGCUGGGUGUCCUGGCCAGGCAUGCGGGGUCCUUGGGCCUACAGAAAGGCUCCAGUGGGCCACCAUUUGGGGGCAGUUCUCUGCUCCUGGCAGGGUAGAGUGUCACCUCCCACCCCCACCCCAUUGCCCCAGCACCUGCUCCUGCCAGCAGCCUAAGCAGAAGGAAGAUAGAGCUUUCUGUUCCUCUGAAACCGGAGCCCUGGCUGGCCCGGCGGGGUUGCACACAGGACCUUUUGUCUGGCCCCUGGCCUGCAGGCCAAGCCAGGCAGGGAUGCUCACCCUGGAACUGUUCACCAGCAAGCGCAGAGUCUCCCGAUCUUGGGCCUCCAUCAGGCGGAGGAAGCAGGCCCUGUGCUCCGCAGGGCGGUAACAGAUGCAGCCCUGGGGAGGCAGGUGGGUGAGGCAGGGGCACCCCAACCCGAGGCAGGCCCACAGCCCUCCCGGCCCACUCACGCUCUGCCCGUCAAACAGCACAGCCCAGCUAUGGUUGCUCUGUGGCGGCGUCACUAUGAUGGUUGCCGUGUUCCUGGCCACAUCCACUAGGGUAGUUUGGUUGGACCAGGGCCCUGGGGUGCUGGGGAGGGUCAGUCGGAGCAUCUGCAGCAGUGGCUGAGAGAGGAAGGUUAGACUUCAGCCGGGCAGGCUUAAGGGUCCCACAUGAGCCAAGUCCUGGGCCUGGAGCAUUUCUAUAUCACGCGUGGCCUUUCCCGAUAUCUUUCCCCUUCAAGGCCCAUGUUUUGGCCUAGCUCCUCUAAAGAGAUGACAUGUACUGCCGCUGCCUCAAGUGCCCCUUCCACUGCUCAUGCCCCUGUGGCCGGAGGGGCUCACCUUGGGCGGGUUGUGAGCAAAGCCAAGCAGUCCUCCGGUCACAGCCCCCGCAGUGGCCAGCGCCAGCAGCAGCAGCAAGACUGUGGUUCUCCAGGCCCCAUGGCAGGAUUCGGCCUUCACCUGGGGACAUCAGACCAGGGAGCAGGCUUGUUCAGGGAAGGAAGGGCUGAGGUGGGUGAGUGGUAGCAUUCCUAACCCUGCUCAGGAUGCCUCAGGCCCUUGCCCCAGAGGAGAAGGCACUUACCUCAGCAGGCCUAGGCCCGGGGCUUCUGCUGUGGUUGCCCUCCAUGCUGCAGCCCCUGACAAAGCUCCAAUUGUCUGCUACCCCUUGGAGCACUCCGCCAGGGACGUCUCAGGAAGCCUUUGAUGAGCCCAACGACUGUGCCCUCCCAGACCCCACUGCCUCCUCCCCGCCAGUAUCUGAUAUCCCCAUUAGUGCCAGGAUGGCCCUCUCCCCACUGGGUGCCAGCCUGGCUCUGGACACCUGGCUUGUGCAGACAGAAGUGCAUGGGGUCUUGGGAGGGCAUGAAAGUGAGGCUUUCCUGGGAAGCCAGUCCAGCUGGCUGGCUAGGGGGAGCCCUGGUCCAGCCGGGUGAUUUUAUCUGGUUGGGGCAGAUUUAAUGCUUCCUAGAGUCUAUGUCUGGUCUGUUACCUCUGGACUCCCAGAAGUGGGCACAGGGAACCAAUAAAUGCCUGUUCAAUACACCAUCA